AUGAUCAACAGAAACAUCGCAGAAUUCCACUUCCUUCUGGGCUUUGCCAGAGAGACUCAUGUUGAUGGAAACGGCACUGGUGCAUUCAAGCGCUAUUGGAACUUUAAUUACUUUAGCCCAACAAAGGUGGCGAAACUCAAGAAAGAGAAUAAAAAUGUGAAAGUGAUGAUAAGCAUAGGAAGUCAUGACAUUGGCUAUAAAUUCGACCCGAUAAACAAAAAUGAAUGGAUUAAGAAAGCCAAAUCGUCAAUCAAAGAGCUCAUCCUUGACUAUGAGAACGAAGUAAUGACCGAUGAAAACAUAAUUGACGGUAUUGACAUUAACUAUGAAUACAUAACUUCCAGUAUCAACGACUUUUCCAACUGCAUAGGACUGGUAAUACAACAACUCAAGGAUGAUCCAGAUGUUUCCAAAUCCAUGAGUGUGGUGUCUAUUGCUCCUAUUACUCCAACAGAGCUUCUCCAACCCCACUACCUCAAACUGUAUCUAGACAACAAAGACAAUAUUGAUUUGAUUGACUACAAGUUCUACAAUCAGUCUUUUAAAUCAACAGAUGACUUUGUAGAUCUCUUUAAUCAACUAGUUACUGAUUACGAUGCAGCCUAUAAACUUUUGGCAGGAGUCAGCACCGAAAUGAGUACUUCAGCUACGAUGAGUCCGAGUUUCUUUGUUGAUGCAUGCACAAUCCUCAUUAACCGUGCAUCGCUAGCUGGAGUUUUUGUUUGGGAUGCUGAUGCAUCAGCCCCCAAAUAUUCAAUUGAGAAAGACCUUCAAAAACUCCUUAUUAAAAAGUGA